UCGUCUGAGCCUCAGUAUUAGCCAAACGCCCAACCGCGAACAAUGGCCCACUGGAGUCGUACGUGGAGGGGGCCAGACUGGAGGAUGGACAGGUUCGUUGGGUUCUGGUUUCAGUUAUGGAGCUGGAGCCUAUGGUGGCACAACUUCAAGUUCCGGCAGCCGUACCUUGGGUGGCGCAGGUGGAACAUCGUCCAUUGGCUCGAGUAGUUUAGGUUACGGUGCAAGCAGUAGUGGAGUGGCCGGUACCUCGAGCGGCUCAGGCUACGGUAGCUCUUCUGGAGUAGCCUCAGGAUCCGCAAGCAGCUCUGGUCAUGGAUCUGGUUCCCUUAGUGGCUUCACUGUAGGACUGCCUGGUAUGAUCGGUGGUUCAGGUGUCAGUGGCUCUCUUGGAGGAGCGUCGGGUACCUGGGGUGGUUCAAGUCAUGCUGGCUCUGCUGGAGUAGGAUCGGAUACCUCGGGUAGCUCAGGUGUCAGUGGCUCUCUUGGAGGAGUGUCGGGUACGUGGGGUGGUUCAAGCUAUGGUGUAUCUCUUGGAGGAACUUCUGGUUCUGCGAGCAGCUCAGGCCACGGUGGCUCUGCUGGAGAAGCGUCGGGUACCUUUGGAAGCUCAGGCCACGCUGGCUCUGCUGGAGCAGGAUCGGGUACCUCGGGAAGCUCAGGUGUCGGUGGCUCUCUUGGAGGAGCAUCGGGUACCUCGGGCGGUUCAAAUUAUGGCGGCAGUGGUGGAGCAUCGCUGGAUGGUUCGGGUGGCUCAGGUUAG